AUGCUUGAGCAGGAUCCCACUCACGAGGUGUCGCAGACUCCGGUCGAGGAUAAGAUCAAAUCAUUGGAAGCCAAAAUAGCGGAGCUAGAAUCCUAUUACCACAAGCUCAAACCACAGGCGCUCCCCGACGGUAGUGCAAAAGGCGACACAGACAAAGGCGACAAAGUAGAGAAAGGGAAGAAGGCAGAUGAAGAGGGCAAAUAUGGUGAACGCAACGAGCAACCACCCACUUCUCGUGCUCGAGUUGUGGUGAACAAAUUGGACACCGAGUCAGGCACAAGGCAAGAUAUCCCGGCUGCUGAGGCCGCUACGCCGCUCAAAGGCAACGAACUGGAGAGCAAAUUCGCUUUCCAGUUGAGAAAAUACCUCUAUCCUGACGACGACGACGAAGGCGAGGUUGAGAUCUUCAACCCGGACCUGCGCCUCCUUCUUAAAAGCCUUCUCAAGCAUUAUCCUUACCACCAUUUCCUAGGAGAAACCGUGUCUCUGAGCUCUCCUUACGAAUGCCUCGUCCUCAACUGGGACCUCCUGGUGACCGAGGCGAACAAGGAAGGUAAGAAUGAGAAAGACCAGGUGGCUCGGGACGACCUCAAACUCCUCCUGCAUACCAUCAAGGAAGGCUCGGGCGACGAGAAGCUAGAUGACUACUUCAAAAUCCGAGAAACCCUGAAAGCCUCGCGCAGCAUCACCUACCAGAAUCUGUGGACCAUCUUCCCACCGGGCACGCUGGUGUACAGUCGCCAGUUUCUCAAGUACGACCAAAUCUUUAUUGUGCAGGAUAAUGCGCGCAUAUGGCCCCGGCAGGGGAGCCGCUCACGCUUCAGCUUGUCAUGCUGGACAUACGAUUGGAAUGGGCAAGUCUUUCAACGCCGCCCAAUCACUCUCAGCAUCGACUAUUUCGAAGGCCCCAGACCCAUCGCCUCGUUGCCAGCGCAUCCACUAGAGGACACAGAGAACGUGGAGGAAGUCAAGCAGAAGCUGAUCACCCGAGGGAACCUCUUCCGAAAGUAUUGCACUGUCCCAAAGGAAAGCCGCAUGUUCAAAUAUGCUGGAAAGUGCAUCGUGGACAGAAAAGGCUUUCGAGGGGUCAGUGCCAACCUGGAUCAUGACGACGAAGAGUAUAACAGCAACCGUGCAGACGGGCUGAGAUUGAUUUCACGGACAGAUGACAACCUGAACGACAAGAAAGGAAAGCAAUCAAUGGUAGGUCUUGGUUGGGCGUGA